GGAUGUUGGAUGUCUAUGGCGAGACAGGACGGAUUGACAAGCGUUUUAGAACCGUCUCGUCAGUCCGAGGCAUCGCCUGUUUUUCUCCGGGGACCUAAAGAUGUCUUGGAAGUAGACCAAGUGAAGGAGACGUCCAUGGAAGAAACAGACGAGGAGAGAAUUGGAGGAAUAGCAAAACCUGUUGUUGCGCCACUAGUCGACGACGAGGGACCGUUCUGCUUGUUUCGUCCGCUAGUAGAGGGAAAUACCGAGGGGGCGUCGGCUACAACCAGCAGUCCCGCUCAGGGUGACUUACAGCAAUUGUUACACAGUUUCUCCUCUGGCGCCGUUCUGCAAGGGAAGAAAAUGAAAAGCUCACUGAGUUCAUUCCUACCGACUAUACCAGGCGACGUUGAUAAUCCAGGAGUCGGAGACACGAGUUUGUUGACACUUGUUCAUAACCCUCCUAUUGGAGGAAAAGAGCUUGUAAAUCUGUCUCCUCAUCUGCUGCUUGGCUUUCGACUUCGUCCUGGACCUAUUCCUGAGCAAUUUCGAACUGCAUUUCAUGAGAAGCCUAAGAAGAAGAAGCGGAAAAAACCAAAAUUUCCUUCAUUAGAACAACAGAAUAAGACAGAGUCGAGCAUGCUUGCACCUGCAGAUGCCAGAAGGGAUGGUUUGACUGCGCCACCCACAAAUGCAGGAUUGCUAGGGUCAAUAGGAACUACGAAAUCCAUACCUGUUCCUAACAUGGCAUCUGUAUCAUCAGUAUUACCAGUUGCACAAAAUGGAACAGACGUAACACAGCAAGUCACCAAGAAACCAAAGAAGAGAAAACAUGAGGAUGGUGAACGAGACAAGGACAAGAGGAAGAAGAAGAAAGACAAAAAGAAAAAGAAAGAUAAGCAUCAAUCACCUCACCCUGAAGGUAGCGGACACGCGUUUAGAGAUAAUAUGAAAGCAUUAUGACAAGAACAGUUACGUACAUUGAGUCGGUCGUGAUUUAUUAAGCUACAGCAUCCACUGUUACUGAUAUGGACAUUUGAGUGCAGGCAUGAUUUGUACAAUGUACAACAAUAGCUUUAUAUGUGUCCUGGGAUUGUAUUGCGUAGUCAGACACAGAUGGUACUAGUUAAUUUUAAUUAUACAACAGCUCUGA